AUGUAUGCCUCAUUUCCGCGAAGGGACUUGUUUCUUUCCUCGAGUGAUCCAAUCACAAUCUCCGGGGACCGCCAGACCAUCACAUUCCGUCUAAACAACGGCGAGACAAUCACGCAGAAGAUUUCGGUGACUCCGAAGGCGAACCGUGACAAGCUUGCGAACGCCCUUGCGUCCCUACUUGCGACACCAGAAACCUCCGAACCGAGCAAUCACUUGUCAUUUGGCACGAUCCAAUGGCAACUCGAUGCCCUCGGCGAUGCUAUACAUCGACACACCGCGCAUCCUUCGGCCGGAGAAUGUGAGUACGUGGAAAAGUUGAUCAUGAACGUGGCCGAGAACAUGAACCAUCAUCCACACAUUACCCGCGGAGACAAAUAUAUGACUAUCACAUGUACAACCCACCGUCCUCGAGGUCUGAGCGUUCGAGACACCAGGCUGGCCCACGAGAUCAACGACGUUCUCGAUGCGUUCGACGUCACGGAGCCAAUGAGCGAGGAGGCUGCGCAAGAUCUGGAUGAAGUCGAGAAGCAGCUUGCCGCACACCGUGAACAGAUGAUUGCUCUCAACAGGCGAAAGAUCUCUGAAGCCUUAGAAAGCUGCUCCUGUGAUACAGCCAAACCAAAGUCUACAACUUCUCCGGAAUAG